AUGAAGCGGUCUCCAGGAUCUCCCAUUAUCUCCCCUGACCCUCUCCAAAUGACGUCUCCUCCAGCGUUGAAGAAAUUUAAAGCAGCCCCAUUCAGUGUAGAGGACGGGGACAAUGAGGAUGGUGCAUGGACCAAAGUCGAGAGGCGCAAGGCGAAGAAGGUCAGGAAGACGGAGGUCAAGCUGGAUGCUCUUCCAAUACCGAGAUUUAUGUAUGCGAGUGGCGAGAUUCUGAAGCGGAGAGAGGCGGUGGGAAUUAGUGACAUCCGGGAGUUGGUGCUCCAUCUAGUGGCAGACGCUCCUCCACCGAGCUGGGUCAGGGUCGAUAAUCCACGCACGAUCCAAAAAGUCGUUGCGCUUCUCAUCCCAGGCCUCACGCCAGAAAUCGUCGCUCUACCGCCCCUCCCCACUUCCGCCACAGCGAACCCCAACCUUCCCCUCAUCGUCCCACUACCACCUGACUCGCCUGCAGAACGUUUAGCACACGGUGUCCCUUUCAUCUCCUCUACAUUCAGCCACGCGUGUCCAACACGAGCUCCAGGUGACCAGACGCGCAUGCACUCCGUCCUCAACGCGUUCUUCCAGGGUCCAAUCACCGGAGACGAAAGGAAGAGACGGGCGAUGCAACGAAUUACUUCUGAGCGGAACCAGGACAGCACCCCGCUGCGAUAUCUCCUGACCACAGAGCAGAUGAUUGAGAACGAGUACCCGGUCCCGUCAUAUAUCGCGGAAGUGUUCGAGAAGCCGCUAGAAUGGGUGGAGAUCCCUGCGCCACGCAAGGAACCCUUCCCACCAACAAUACCUGAGAAGAGUCUUCCGAGGAUUUACGCCAUCGACUGCGAGAUGUGCUUGACGGAGGACGGCAAGGAGCUCACCCGAGUGUGCAUGAUCGACUACGCGUCCGGAAAGGUCAUAUUCGAUCAGCUCGUGAAGCCCAAAAAGCCCAUUCAAGACUAUCUCACUCGAUGGUCUGGGAUUACUGCUGAAGCACUUGACCCCGUAACUACUACAUUUGAAGAAGUCCAAUCGCACAUUAUUUCCCUCCUCUCCGCUUCUCCCACUCCCGUCCUCGUCGGCCAUUCCCUAGAAUCCGACCUCAAAGCGCUCAAAAUCUGCCACCCCCAUUGUAUUGACACCGCUGUAAUAUAUCAUCAUCCUCGAGGGCGACCACUGAAGCCGGGGCUAGCCUGGCUGACGAAGAAGUGGUGCGGCCGUGAAAUUCAGAACAGGGGAGAGGGCGGGCACGAUCCGGAAGAGGACGCGCGUGCAUGUCUCGAUCUCCUCAAGAAGAAGGUGCAAAAUGGCGCCGGCUUCGGCGAGUUCAAGACGGAUCUGGAGUCGAUAUUCGAGCGCAUGGCGAGGUCACGGUCAGGCAGUAUUUGCACCGCCGUGGUGGACCACGGCAACCCUACCGCAUGGCACGGGUCCAAGGCGACGACCACUGUAGCUUGCAAGAGCGACAUGGAGGUUUUUGAAGGGCUCCUGGGUGCUGUUCACUCACACCAUUUCUUGUUUGCACGCUUCACUGCGGUCGCCGACGGGUUAGGCUGGAUCACGAACAAAGCGAACAGCGACGUGCUCCCUUCCUCGCCAGCCCUUUCCUCCACUUCGCCAUCCGACAUGCGGGCCAUCCUCUCUUCCCUGGAUGAGCAGCUCUCGCGGCUCUACGCCGCGCUGCCCCCGCGCACUGCGCUGGUCAUCUUCACGGGGCACUCGGAUCCUCGGCGCAUGUCGGAGCUGAACGCGCGCAAGGCGGCGUUCGAGAGUGUACUGCGCCAGGGUAGGAGCGUCGAGGACAUCGGACAGGACGACAGGUGGACGAGCGCAGACGGGCGCGCUCUCGAGGAGGAGGUGGAGAAGGCGAAACGCGGGCUGCUGUUUUUGGGGAUUAAGCCGACGUAG